AUGGGUUUGUUGGAUCCUGAUACUCACAUCUUUAUUGCUUGCUCAGUGUUUGUUCAUCCAGAAACUGACAAGCAGUGUGACGAUGCACACCAGAAAGUUGCUAGUUGGAUGAAGCAAGUCAAGGAAUCUCCGAGGGAAAGGACAUAUUUCAAUUCUCCUAAAAAGUCGCAUAAAAAAACUUGUGUCUACGAUUUAGUAUUUUCAAAAGAAGAUGAUUUUAAUCCAAAACUUCAUCGAUCCGACCGGAGACAUGAUAAACAUUCUGGAUUAAAUAUAAAUGAUGAAGAAAAAGUUAAAAGUGUACCGUCACUCUCCUCUUCAAUGUAUGGACAUCGUUUAGAUAAAAAUAUUGAAAUCAGUGAUCGUAAACAUGCACGUAUUAUGCUGGUUGAAAGUGAAUUCUUUCGCCGUAAUGGGAUUGAUAUAUAA